AUGGGUCUGGCUGAGGUGAUUGUGUUCUUUUCUCUUGCAUUGGCCUGUUCCCUGGGCGGUCUCCAUGCCCUGACGCUGGUGGUCCCGGAGAGAGUCUCUGCGCUGGCAGGCUCCUGCCUCCUCAUCCCCUGCUCCUUCAGCCAGCCCAUGCGUCCGAUGGAGGUGGAGACGCGUCUGAGGUACCACUGGCGCUCUCCCAUGGGUGCCCUCUUCGCCACAGUGCCCCGCACGGUGCUCAACAGCGAGGACAGCUCCAGGGUGCACAAGGACUUCAGAGGGCGCGUGUCUCUGACAGGGGACACGUCCAAGGGAGACUGCUCCGUGACGGUGUCGGAGGUCAAGCAAAGGGACGCCAGCAGCUACGUGCUGGAGAUGAGGAGGCGUGGAGACAUGAGCUGGAGCAAGGCGGCCUUUGAGCUGAACGUCUCCAGUUUCCCGGAGAUGCCGCGGUUGACUGGCCCGGAGGCAGUGACUGAUGGGCAGUUGGUGGUGUUGAACUGCACCGUGGGCUUCCCCUGCCCUUCCCAGACCCCCACACUGCGCUGGAGGUGGGCUAGAGGGCAGCCGGACAACCGCACUGUGUUAGGGGAGCCCCACGUGCUCCUGAGCCCCGACAAGAGGUCUCUCCUCUGGGCUUCUCUCUCCUUCACCGCCUCCUAUCAGCUCAAGCCCCGGAUCAGAUGUGAGGUAGUCUACCAGCAUGGCUCGCCUGUGGUCGUGACAAAGGAUAUUCACGUGAGAUUCCCUCCAAAGGAGGUGCAUAUCCGGCUUCACACCUUAGCUGUGAGGGAGGGGGGCAGCGCUCUUCUGGAAUGUUCCUGUAAAGCUGACCCUCCCGUUGAGGAGUACGACUGGUCGUACACACAGCGCGGCCGCAACCACUCCUCUCUGCUGCACGCGCUCAUCAUCCGCAUCGAAAACGUCACCCGGAACACUCGUGUCGUUUGCACGGCUAAGAACCGCCUCGGGUGGACUGCAUCCCCCGCCACACCCAUCAAUGUAGAAUACAAACCACACAUCUCAAGCAAAUCCUCAUGUGGUUGGGAUGGCAACGUAGUCCACUGCAGGUGUAUCAUGAACUCAAACCCACGUGCCGCCAUCACCUGGAGCGUAAAUGGUAGCCUCCCACCGCAUGGCUACAACGGCUCCGUGUUAGUUCACCACAACGGCACGGUAACUGCCACAUUGGUCGGGCUGGCUGACAUUCCUCCGGCAGUGGUGUGCUAUGCCAACAACGCCCAUGGAAACGACUCUCAUCCACUGCUGCAGGAAGCGCAUAGUUCUCUGCUGUGGAUGCUGGUUGCAGCGCUGUGCGUGGCCGUCUCCUUCCUUCUCACCAUCGCUGCUGUGCUUCUCUGCUGCUGUCGCAGGCCGGCAGGCAGAAGGGCCACCGUGAUAAACCAUCGCUCCCAGGCUGUGUAUCCGGGGGAUGUGGAUAUCUACCAGGAGCACACGCCCCUGUACAUCAACUGCACAGAGGUCACACAUGUCUACAGUAAUGGCAGUUACCAGCUCGUCUACCAGAACUGCACCCCAUGCUUUGUACGCACAAAACAGACACACAAGAGACAAAGGCGAGCAGGAUGGCGAGAUCGGGUGAUACGAGACACAGAGAGACAGAGAUCAAGAGAGAGACCCCGUCCUGCUGCCCCCACCGCUGAGUCAGACACAGCCAUUUACCUGGAGGUCAUCUGAGAAGACAGGACUCAUGGGUAGUGCAUAUGGGUGGACGGACGCACAGAGGAGAGACAUUUGUACAAAGAGACUUAAACAAACUGAAAUAUUUUCCACUUAAAGUGGGAUGCAGUUUCCCUGGGGUGUUUUCUGUUGUGUGCAGUCCUAUUUGUAAAUAGCACAGAUCAUCACCAUUUUCAAUGUCACCAGUAUUCCUCAAUGUUUCCAAUUGAAGUUGCUUCAGUAAUUACAAAGAUAAUAAUAUGAUACCUUAAUAAUACAGUUCUUGUGCCGAUCAGUAAAUAUCUGUUUAAAUCUAGUUGUUGCAGACAGUUCUGGAGUAUAAUUUCCAAAGAUGAAAACACAGCACACAGUUAAAGGUGAAUUGUGUAAGAUUUAGUGGCAUCAAGUGGUGAGGUUGCUGAAUCCCGCUAACUGAUUACCCCUCCCUUCCAAGAGUGUAGAGGAAUAGGGUGGCCGUCAAGUUCCAUAAAAAUGCGAAAGGCACUCUCAAGAACCAAUGUUUUGAAUUGUCCCUUUUGGACAACUGUAGAAACAUGGUGGCACACGAUGGCAGACUCCAUGGAAGAAUUCCCGCUCCCUUUGUGGAUAUGAAGGGCUAAUUCUAAGCUAACGAAAACACAAAGAUUCGUAGUGAUGGUGAUCGUACACCAAUGAACUAUUGAAAACUAUCCAUUUCUGGUAAUAAUCCCCCCUAAAUCCCACACUCUGUACCUUUGAAUUAUGCUGUGACAUUCAAAUACUUCAUGCCUGCUUUAAUGUUUUGACUGUUUAGACAAAAAAAUAUAGUAGUUUUAACUACUAGUUUUAACUGAAGCAAUGUCACCACCAGAGACUCUUUAAAGGGGGUUUACAUGGUGGUAUAGGGACAGCAUACACAGGGCAGCAAUGCCAUUUACACUGGGUCUUUAAUUAAAAUCACAUAUAGCUAAA